AUGGGAAACUUGUUUGCAGAGAAACUGGAAAAGACCCCAAGGUUAAGUGCCCGCUUCGGGACCCAGAGGUCCUCUGAUGAUGGUGAGAAUGAUGGUGAUUGUGGCAGUGAUGGUGAUGAUGAAGGCCUUCGCCUGCACACGCUCAUCAAGACCCCUGAGAGGCCAGCAGUGGAGAGGAUGGUGAAGGGCUGCUGCUUUGAGGGCUCCCAAAAGGAUGCAGUUUCCAGGAACGUCUGUGAAAAGCGAUUGUGCAUAGACUGUGGCCCUCUUUGGGAUGUGACCCAUGGUGCUGAGAAGGGCACGGGAGGAAUCGUGGGCGUGACAGGCGUGGACGCCACAUGGGCCAGUGCCUGGCUUUCUGGACCAGGUGUCAGAUCCUCCCCGGGCCGGCUCUGCGAGCAGCAGAUGUGUCCCAGGGCCCCCAGGAAGGCUCAGAAAGGAAUGGCGUCCCCAGGCCGGCCUGUGGGCAGCGUCCCCAGCACCAGGUCAGGCCGCCAGAGAAAGAAGGGCAGAGUCAGCUGGCCGGAGGGACUGGAAUUUUCCUAG